AAAAAAGAAACUGAGAACUUGUGAGUUUCAGAGCAUUCAGCUGUGGAUUGAACCUGCUGGUGCUAACAAGUGAGCUCUGUGAUUUCUAGUGUCGAAAGACAGGUCGUCUACAUGAGAACAUAGUUUACCUACAAAGAGAUCUGAAGAAUUUUUCACUAUGGCAGGAUAUUCUGAGUUUUAUUUUAAUGUUGACAGUGGCUACCUGGAAGGGCUUGUGAGGGGAUUCAAAGCAGGGAUCCUAACGCAAGCCGACUAUGCUAACCUGGUUCAGUGUGAAACACUAGAAGAUUUAAAAUUACAACUGCAAGCUACAGAUUAUGGAAGUUUCCUGGCCAGUGAGACCGGAUCGCUUACUGUCUCUGUCAUUGACGAUAAGCUAAAAGAAAAGCUGGUUACAGAAUUCAACUAUUUCAGAAAUCAUUCCUUUCAGCCCUUGACAACAUUUCUUGACUACAUCACAUACAGCUAUAUGAUUGACAAUGUGAUUCUACUGAUUACUGGCACUCUACGGGGAAGACCAAUAGCUGAACUUCUACCCAAAUGUCACCCUUUGGGCAGUUUUGAGCAGAUGGAAGCUGUCAGCAUUGCUCAAACAGCUGCAGAGCUCUUCAAUGCAAUUCUAGUCGAUACUCCCCUAGCUCCAUUUUUCCAGGACUGUCUGUCUGAAAAUGAUAUAGAUGAAAUGAACAUUGAAUUAAUGCGUAACAAGCUUUACAAGUCUUACCUUGAAAGUUUCUACAAAUUCUGUGAAGAACAAGGAAACACAACGGAAGAGAUUAUGUGUUCCAUUCUUGCGUUUGAAGCAGACCGACGAGCAUUUAUCAUAACCAUUAACUCCUUUGGCACCGAACUAAGUAAGGAAGACCGAGAGGAAUUAUAUCCAACUUGUGGAAAACUUUACCCAGAAGGCUUGCGUUUACUGGCUAGUGCUGACAGCAAUGAGCAAGUGAAAGCCACAGCAGAGUACUACGCUGAGUACAAAGCUUUAUUUGAAGGAUCUGCAUCUGAUUCCAAAGACAAGACACUGGAAGACAAUUUUUUUGAACAUGAGGUGAAAUUGAAUGUUCUUGCCUUCAUGAACCAGUUCCACUUUGGAGUGUUUUACGCCUAUGUUAAGCUGAAAGAACAAGAAUGCAGAAAUGUUGUAUGGAUUGCAGAAUGUAUUUCCCAAAGGCAUCGAACCAAGAUUGACAACUACAUUCCUAUCUUCUGAAUACAAAACUUAAGAGACCAAAUAAAAUAAGUGUUCGUUUAAUAUGAAAUGGUCAAUAAUGUGUAAUGCAAUUAAUUAUUAGCAUAUUGGUUUAUACAGAAUGUUAACAUAUCUCUGCUAGUUUCCUGCUGCAACUUUUUCAUUUGUUAUUCACAUUUCUUAACAUAAUUAGCAUUCCAAUGGUAUUUUAUUUCCUUUUAGUCUAAUAAGCAGUCAUAACUAAACAUUUUUGUGCAAUAUUUACUGCCUGAUAUAUAUAUAUAUAUAUAUAUAUAUAUAUAUAUAUAUAUAUAUAUAUAUAUAUAUAU